UGUUUGAUAGAGCUGGGCGUGGGCUCCACACUCUUCAUCCCCUCAGCUUACACUGUGGAAGCACAUUGUUUAACGCGGGCUAAUUUUACCCAGAACCAAUGAAUGCCUUGGUACAUUGGAGCUGAAAAUUAAAUACCUUCUGGGAGAUAAUAAGGUGUAGAUAUCUGAAGGGGAAGGAGACCAAGAACAUUUUGUUUUCUUGUGCCACAGCUACAAGGCAACAGAGUUGGGAGAUUUUUUUCCUUUUCUCCGGUAGACGAAACGUCCUUCUGUCGCUAAUUAGACCUCUGCUUGUUCAGCAGCGUGUGUGGUGAGUGGCAGUGGCAAAGAUGACGGAGUAUAAGCUGGUGGUGGUGGGAGCUGGAGGCGUGGGCAAGAGUGCACUCACCAUCCAGCUCAUCCAGAACCACUUUGUGGAUGAAUAUGACCCCACCAUAGAGGAUUCAUACAGGAAACAAGUUGUGAUUGAUGGGGAGACCUGCCUGCUGGACAUCUUGGACACUGCAGGUCAGGAGGAGUACAGCGCCAUGAGGGACCAGUACAUGAGGACAGGGGAGGGCUUCCUCUGUGUCUUCGCCAUCAACAACACCAAGUCCUUUGAGGACAUUCACCAGUACAGAGAACAGAUUAAACGUGUAAAGGACUCAGAUGAUGUUCCCAUGGUGCUUGUGGGCAACAAAUGUGACCUCCCAGCACGUACAGUGGACACAAGACAAGCCCAGGAACUCGCUCGCUCCUAUGGCAUCCCAUAUAUCGAGACCUCUGCUAAGACACGACAGGGAGUAGAAGAUGCCUUCUACACGCUGGUUAGGGAGAUCAGACAGCAUAAGUUGAGGAAGCUGAACCCACCUGACGAGAGUGGUCAGGACUGUAUGAGCUGUCGCUGUGUGGUGUCGUGAUGCAGAUGACUGUUGCAUGUUGAGGAGAAAUGCUACAGUGCAUAGUGGCAGCAUGAACUUAAAGAUAGAAAGAUAAACCAACUCAAUGAUGAAAUAUAAACAUUUUCAAAAAGAGGAUGAUUGAAGCAGAAGCUCUCAAGGGAACCACUGGAGCUGACUGAAACAUAGACCUUUAUGGAAAGGAGGAUUUUGGACUGUUGCCUAAGUGGCUGGCUGAACUAGCCUGGUAUGGUCCCUGUUUUUUUUGUUUGGUCCACACUUUGACCUGUGAGCAGCACCACUAAUGACUCUUUGUCCACUCCAGUGAGAUCUCGCUGGGUAACUCCACAGGUUUCCUGCUAACUUAUUGUUUUCAGUCUCAACACUGGUCUUAAAGGGGGUGUCACUGGUUACCCUCCUGCCUCGAAAGCCUAAUUCCACUCCCCAUGCCUGCCCACUGGAAGGACUGACUGACUUAAAUGGAAAGGACUGGAAUGGACAUUUAGUUAUCCCAUCACUUCUUACAUAAAUAUAUUGCCCCACCCCACUCCUUCUGUCUUUGGUUUCUUUUGAAUGGCUGUAGUCCCUUCAUUAUACUGAAUAUAGGGGGUGGAGGCUGACAUCGGAAUGACUAUUGUUUAUGGUUUAACCAGGUAGAGGAGCUGUAAAGUCUGUGGAUUUGAAAGCCACUGAACAAUAUGUGAACAAUAAUGUC